UUGCAUUACGACAUUGUGCUCGUAUUCUGUCAUUCUGUGAUAAGUAGAUUUUAGAUAGUUGACUACAAUAGUUGUAUAGUAAAGUUGUAUCACUUGUAUCCACAGAAAAGAGAUUGAUAGUUUAGACAUCGCCAAGCUUGUUUUAACGGUUUUGUGCUCACCCCGAUCGAACGAUGUCGGGUUACGAUUCCCGGAGUGACGGACCUGGAUUUGUCGGCAUUCGAUUCUGCCAAGAAUGCAAUAACAUGUUGUAUCCUAAAGAAGACAAGGAACAUAAAGUACUGUUGUACGCUUGUCGAAAUUGUGAUCACAGACAAAUGGCCGACAGCAAUUGUAUUUAUGUGAAUAAAAUUAUGCAUGAAAUCAAUGAACUCACUCAUAUUGUUUCCGACGUAACGUCUGAUCCAACUUUACCCAGAUCAGAAGAUCAUCCUUGUCCAAAAUGUAAACACCGUGAAUCUGUAUUUUUCCAAGCUCAAACUAGACGUGCAGAGGAGGAAAUGAGAUUGUAUUAUGUUUGUACCAAUCCUCAUUGCAUACAUCGUUGGACUGAAUCAUCUAUUUAAUAAUUAUGCAAUAUAAUGGUUUUUUUUUAUAUAAAUUUAAAGACAAUAUUUAUACUUAAUUAUGUAAAUAUACAUUUUAAAUAACUAAAAUUCAACAUGUUUAAAUUUAAUUAUCUAUUAUAUUUUAAAUAAUGAAAAAUAAACUACUAAAUAACAUUCUUAAAAAUAUCACAUUCAAUUCAUUUCUUUCAUUAAACAUUUUUGAGCAGCAUUACAAAUUUUCUCAUCCAAUUUAACUGAAAGUAAUAAUAAUAUUAAAGACAAUAGAAUAUUCUAGUCCAUAUUUAGCACUUACAAAUUUUAUGUUGUCCUUUAAUUGGAAAAUGAUUAACCAAUAAGAUGGGAUCUUCACAUAUAAAAAUAUACGGACUUUCGUUUUCUCCUUGAGGAUAUUUUGAAAUGUAUUCUUCUUGGGAUAAACAAUCCACUAAAUUCACGCAGCCUAACAAACAUCCAGUUGGAUAACGUUUUGGAAAUUCAACAUCUAAACAUAACACAGACUUUAAAAAAUUAUGAAAUAUCAAAUUAUAUGGUAAUUUAUUUAUGUAUAAAAUAUAUUGCAUAUUGUGAAAAUUAUAA